UGUGCGCUGCUUGCGGCUCCUCUGGGAGAAAAUGUGGGGAAGAGCCGCAGGUUCGGCCGGAGGAUGUAGCCUGAGCAAGCCCUGCUCACCCCAAAAGCAAACACAGAGCCGGUGCUUCCUGCGCGUUGAAUGGUAUGGACUUUGGCUGCUGUAAGAUUUGUUUGUAAAUGCAUCAUAAACAGACAGCCCAGAAUGAAGAAAGCAAGCAGGAGUGUUGGCUCAGUGCCCAAAGUGCCUGGAGUAAAUAAAACUCAAACAACUGAAAAAAACAAACCAGAGAACGGCUCCUCACUGUCUGCAGUAACAAAACUCUCCAAAACCGGGACAUCAGCAUCCCUUUUGAAGACUAAGAGUAACGAUGACCUCUUAGCAGGGAUGGCUGGUGGCGGUGGAGUGACAAUGACCAAUGGUGUCAAGGCAAAGAAGAGCACUUGCGUAUCAACAGUGUCUUCAGCUGCAGGGACAACCAUGAACAGUCUGGAAAAUAAGCCUAAAACAGUUGGAGGUACAAGUUCCACAACUAAGCGUAGCACUUCAUCUGGAAAUAAAGAAUCAAGCUCUUCUAGAGAGAGAAUACGUGAUCGUUCCCGUGUAAGCCAGAGUAAAAAAUUACCUUUGACUGGACAGGGGACCAAUGAUACGGUACUGGCAAAACGUUCCCGUAGUCGCACCAAUCCAGAAUCGGAUAUUCGAAUGAGUAAGUCCAAAUCGGACAAUCAAAUCAGUGACAAAGCUGCAUUGGAAGCAAAGGUGAACGAUCUUCUGACAUUAGCAAAAACUAAAGAUGUGGAAAUCUUGCACCUGAGGAAUGAACUAAGGGACAUGCGUGCCCAGCUGGGACUUAAUGAAGAUCAAGUUGAAGGUGAUGAAAAAUCUGAAGAAAAAGAGGCCAUUGUUGUCCAUCAGCCAACUGAUGUAGAGUCUACGUUGCUACAGUUACAGGAACAAAACACUGCCAUCCGAGAAGAGCUCAACCAGCUGAAGAAUGAGAACCGAAUGUUAAAAGACAGACUGAAUGCAUUAGGCUUUUCUUUGGAACAAAGGCUGGACAACUCUGAGAAACUCUUUGGCUAUCAGUCUUUGAGUCCUGAGAUUACAGCUGGCAACCACAGCGAUGGCGGUGGUACUCUGACGUCUUCAGUGGAAGGUUCUGCCCCUGGAUCAAUGGAAGACUUGUUGAGUCAGGAUGAAAACACUUUGAUGGACAAUCAACAUAGUAACUCCAUGGAUAAUUUAGACAGUGAGUGCAGUGAAGUUUAUCAGCCACUGACAUCAAGCGAUGAUGCCUUAGAUGCUCCAUCAUCUUCAGAGUCUGAAGGUGUACCGAGUAUAGAAAGGUCUAGGAAAGGAAGCAGUGGCAAUGCGAGUGAAGUGUCCGUAGCUUGUCUGACAGAACGGAUACAUCAAAUGGAGGAGAACCAGCACAGUACAGCUGAAGAGCUCCAAGCCACACUUCAAGAGCUUGCAGAUUUGCAACAAAUAACACAAGAGCUAAACAGUGAGAAUGAAAGACUGGGAGAGGAAAAAGUAAUCCUCAUGGAAUCUCUGUGCCAGCAAAGCGACAAGUUGGAACACUUCAGCCGUCAGAUUGAGUAUUUUCGGUCCCUUUUAGAUGAACACCAUAUUUCAUAUGUAAUUGAUGAAGAUAUGAAAAGCGGUCGCUACAUGGAGUUAGAGCAGCGUUAUAUGGACCUCGCAGAGAAUGCGCGGUUUGAGCGAGAGCAGCUGCUAGGUGUUCAGCAGCACUUGAGCAACACAUUGAAGAUGGCAGAACAAGACAACAAGGAGGCCCAAGAAAUGAUAGGGGCAUUAAAAGAACGGAAUCACCACAUGGAACGGAUCAUUGAGUCAGAGCAGAAAAGCAAAACAGCAAUAGCAUCUACCUUAGAGGAGUACAAAGCCACAGUAGCCAGUGACCAGAUUGAGAUGAACAGGCUGAAAGCUCAGUUAGAGCAUGAAAAGCAGAAGGUGGCUGAGUUAUAUUCUAUACACAACUCCGGAGAUAAAUCAGAUAUACAGGAUUUGCUGGAGAGUGUCAGGCUGGAUAAAGAAAAAGCAGAGACAUUGGCCAGUAGCCUGCAGGAGGAGCUGGCACACACUCGCAAUGAUGCCAACCGGCUGCAAGAUGCCAUUGCUAAGGUCGAGGAUGAAUACAGAGUGUUCCAAGAAGAAGCCAAAAAACAAAUUGAGGAUCUUAAUGUGACUCUAGAAAAACUUCGGACAGAGCUAGAUGAAAAAGAGACUGAGAGAAGUGACAUGAAAGAAACUAUCUUUGAGUUGGAGGAUGAAGUAGAGCAGCAUCGUGCUGUGAAGCUUCAUGACAAUCUCAUCAUAUCUGAUUUAGAGAAUACGGUUAAAAAACUUCAGGACCAAAAGCAUGACAUGGAAAGAGAGAUAAAGAAUCUUCACAGGAGACUCCGGGAGGAGUCUGCAGAAUGGCGUCAGUUCCAAGCUGAUCUACAGACUGCAGUGGUUAUAGCAAAUGACAUCAAGUCUGAGGCCCAGGAAGAGAUAGGGGACCUAAAGCGUCGAUUACAUGAAGCUCAGGAAAAAAAUGAGAAGCUCACUAAAGAGUUGGAGGAAAUAAAGUCACGCAAGCAGGAAGAGGAACGUGGCCGAGUAUACAAUUACAUGAAUGCCGUAGAGAGAGAUUUGGCAGCUCUGAGACAGGGAAUGGGCCUGAGUCGCAGAUCAUCCACCUCCUCAGAGCCAACUCCUACUGUAAAAACACUCAUCAAGUCAUUCGACAGUGCCUCCCAAGUUCCAAGCCCUGCUGCUGCCACAAUUCCUCGCACUCCCUUGAGUCCAAGUCCCAUGAAAACGCCCCCAGCUGCUGCUGUUUCCCCUAUGCAGAGGCAUUCCAUAAGUGGACCUAUCUCCACUUCAAAACCCCUUGCUACACUGACAGACAAAAGACCAAGUUACGCUGAAAUCCCUGUACAAGAACAUUUGUUGAGAACGUCUUCUACCAGCAGACCAGCAUCUUUGCCAAGAGUACCUGCUAUGGAAAGUGCCAAAUCUAUUUCGGUGUCUCGAAGAAGUAGUGAAGAAAUCAAACGGGAUAUCAGUGCACCUGAUGGAGCAUCUCCAGCAUCUCUCAUGGCGAUGGGUACCACAUCCCCACAGCUAUCACUCUCAUCUUCCCCUACAGCAUCAGUGACCCCUACAACCAGAAGUCGAAUAAGGGAAGAAAGGAAGGAUCCCUUGUCUGCCCUAGCAAGAGAAUAUGGAGGAUCCAAGAGAAAUGCCUUGCUGAAGUGGUGCCAGAAAAAAACAGAAGGCUAUCAGAAUAUCGACAUAACAAACUUCAGCAGCAGCUGGAAUGAUGGCUUGGCUUUCUGUGCCGUCCUCCACACAUACCUCCCAGCCCACAUUCCCUAUCAAGAACUAAACAGCCAGGACAAGAGAAGAAAUUUCACUUUGGCUUUUCAGGCAGCUGAAAGUGUUGGCAUCAAAUCUACUCUGGACAUCAAUGAAAUGGUGCGAACUGAACGUCCAGACUGGCAGAAUGUCAUGCUGUAUGUUACAGCAAUUUACAAAUACUUUGAAACCUGAAACCCUAAUAAUCCAACAGAUUCAUGGGAUAGAACCAACAUUAGCUACCAGAUGGAAAUCUUACUGAAAUGCUAAUCACUGAAAACUGGCAACAUUUGAGUCCCCUCAAACUUCAGUGACACUGUUCUGGAUUGCUUCAGAUUGCUUCAUCUACUAAGCUUGGAAACAACUGUUCGAAAGCAAGAACUUGUUGCCACGCUGCUUGGAUAUAACCCAAGUUAUUAAGCUAUUCAGAUUAAUUAUGUAGCCUAAAGAGCCUGGACUACUGAUGUACUGCCUUUCCAGCCAGACUUCCUGAAGCUUUCUUUCCUAAGAGUGUGAGGUGAAUAGAUUCUCUAGCAUAUAGGAGACUAAAUGUACAGCUAAUGCUUUGAGAAGGAAAAGGAUAACAUGGCAUCAUAUUACUGAACUUCCUGUAGUGUCCUGAUACCACAGAGUCUGAAUCUUCCACCCACGGCCUAUGGCACCCCAAGACAGUAGAGUUCUUAAUGAUGGUUUAGUUACUGCCUUUACAGCUAUUUUCCCUUCUUUAAAAUGUGCACAAUAUUCUAAGAAAACAAGCUUUCAUUCUGUAACGACAACUUAAGUGGAAAAGUGGUCUUGAUACCUCGAAUAAUUUGGCACGGAAGAACUCUUCAUUCUAAAGCUUCGUUAUAAGCCUACCUCUGUCACAGCGAUGUGGCUUCCAACUCGAUCUUAUGGAUUGUAAAGACUAGCCACGUACAGCUCCUGGUUUUCAGGGUAUGCUGUACUUAAAGGAAUCUGUCACAACCUCCCUGUGCUUCCAUAACAGAAAUGAAUCAAUAAUCGACCCUUGUAUGGCUUGUUCUUUCCCCUCUUCCUUCUUUGCCUGUAUAGCAUGCACAGCUACCCCAGGCUUUACUUCACAGCAAUACAAGCAAACAUCACGGAUAUCUGUGGUAGAAUUUUGGAACUGGGAUAGCAUUUCCUCUGCAGAGAAGAUACUUUCAAUAAGAUGUAAUAAUGAAGUAGUUUGUCUCAAAAUCCAGCUUUGCCAUGUUUCCUCUGUGUUUUUUUCAUUGAUGUCGCCCAUCUUCAUCGGACUGACAGAAGGUGAGAUGUUCUCUGACAAGAACUGUGGAGGGAACUAAUGAAACAUGUGAAGACCCAGUAGUCUUGAAUAUUGUGUGGAAAAGACUCACUGUCACAAGGAAGGAAUUGAGAAACUUUAGUCUUGAUCAGCUUUUAUUUUCCUAAAAUGUACCUGAAUUCAUGUAACAACUCUCGGGCAAGAGUUCAAGUAAGUGCCUUAGCUAUCAUUGAAUUGAUACAUCCUGGCACUUCAGGGCUUUGUGCAGAAUGUUAAUGGCUCAGAAUGAUUUCAUCUAUCCAUUUGUCAUAAGCUGUUAAAAUGUUUGUUGUAACCUUGUUUGUCAAAUCAAGGGAAGACUUCUCUCUGCCAUUGCUUCUGCCUCCUGUUUUUCUGAAUACUUAGCAGUUAAGCCACAGUUGAACAUGUCUUAUUAAUAUUAAGCAGAAGCCUACUUUAGAAGUGAGUUCUGUAACAACUGCUAUUUAUAAGCACAUGCUCUUUCAACACAGUAACCCUGUUAUUAAGAAAAUUAAUCUGCCAUUCCUAUGGUGCUCUUAUGACUGUUAAGGACAGUUUGAAUGUCAUGGAUGUUAACCCAGUGAAUGCAACCCUGCUUGGUAUCUGUGAAACUUCAUCGUGGUAUAAAAGCACAGAUUUAACUCAGAAUUAUUGCCAAAUCUCAAAAGCUAUCAUUUGAAGAACAUAGCCCACGUGAAGAAUAACAAUUCAGCAGCUAGAGUUAGAUAAAAUUACUUCUUACAGUGCUUGCACUGACAGGUCUGUAACACAGUAAAAAUGUGCCUGUGAGAAUUAUGAAAAGUUGCUAAAUAACUGCUUAAUCCACAUUGAGGGUCUUUUGGAGAAGUUUUCAGAGCAACAGUGUCUCAUACAUCCUUACAAUUCUUUAGACUGAAUAUCCCUAAAAGUAGCUAGAUACCCUCAGAUUAUCAAUUGGUGCAUUUGAAGAGCCAACAUUAUCUAAAGACAAUUGUUGCAAGAGAGGCUUCAAAUGAAGAAUCUUCAUUAACAGAUUUUAAUAAAAGUCUGAAAUACAAUUUCCUCUCCCGUAUAUUUCUUCCGAUAUUUUUAUUUUACUUCUUCAAAUAAGUCUCAAUAAGAAUAGUCCCAUAGGAAAUACAGUCUUGCUGUUUCACAUUGCAUCUCUUACUAAAUUCCAGUUUGUGCACAUUUAUGCUUAAAAAUCUCUGCUCUUCCUUUGAACGGACAUCCUUGUCUGUGAUUCUUAGUCAUUGCCAUAUAUUUUAAGAAAAUAUUUUUCUAAUGCAUUUCUUUCUCUAAAUCCACUAAUGACCAGUUGUAUUUUAAGCUGAUUUUUUAAAUCUAAUCGUCAACUUCAUUUACCCAAAAUACUGUACUAGUCCUUAACUGAAAUAACACUUAAUGGUAUAACCAUUUGUAGAAGGAGGAAUCGCAUUUUUCAGAUACCUUCGUUUAAAAGAUGAGCUGCUAGUCUUCAGAGAGAGAAGUUAUGUGUAAUUAUAGAAAAGAUCUUAUUUUGAACUUGAGAGCUCUGCAAACUUCUUCUUAGUGAGGUUUAAUCAGACAGACCACUGUCUGUAAAGGAAUACUGGGCUCCAUAAAUAGAUUUUUUUUUAUAUAAUUAUAUAUCUGAGCCUUUACAAAUGAGAUGCCAUACAGCUGUCCAAGUGACCAUAAUGAAGCAAUGAAAGAUAUCAAACAAACAUAAUACCCUGCUGCACUCUACUACAUGUUUUUUUUCCAAAGGGUCAAACAGCAUUUAAUUUUUCAGAUAGAAGAGCAGUAGCCCUUCUGGAUGUGGGUGACACUGCUCUACUUGGUUCCUACUUACACUCAAUCCUGAAACAGCCUGUUGUUUUUUACAUAUGAAGCGAGGUUUCUGCUGAUUUACCUUCCUCUCUUUUUCAGUCCAGAAAAUAUUUCAGAAUGUACUAAAAAAACAAGACAAAUAUUUUUAUCAUCCGUUUAUAUUACUGCAUUUUAAUAUGUGCCUUGCUGUAGUAUAUCAGGGUUACUCAUUGCCAGCUGCAGGGGUGGGGGCAAAAUUGAUCUGUCAAGCAUAUUGAUGUAGAUACAGCUAUGUAAUCUUCUGGAUCCUGUUUACUGAAUCACUUUCACAGACUACGGAGACGUCAGGUUAGAGCCAGAUGUGCAUUGUCAUCCUGAUGCAAGAUCAUAAACAAUGAACUGAGCAAACACUUGUGGGGUUUUCUUUAUCAAAAAGAAGGGAUGGAAAAAAUGAUAAAUUUUGAUAAUUCAGGAAAAUUCCUAUCAGUGAAUGAAGUUUUGGUACAGAGUAUCUAACAAUAAUGGAAUUGCAGUGACUUCAGAAUGAUUUACACUUGACUUGGUUUUCAGUUGGUUUGGUUUGAUUCGGUUUGAUGUGGUUGUCUUUUAUAUUUAAAUGGAAACACUAAUUCAGUACCUCUGUUGUGAAUCUCAGUGACCAUCACAAAAACCUUUCAUUCUCAUGCCUGAAAAAUUGUGCACAAAAUUUUCCCUUUUAAAGUUGUGAUUGUGGAUAGAUUAUCCAGAGUAUAAUAUUUACUCACUACGUAUUCUGAUUUAGAAGUAGGUUUUUGUCUCUUUUACGUAAAAUGUGUUUCUCAAGUUACAUUUAUCAUUUAUUGGAUAAUUACUGAUGAUUUGUCUCCAGUUUUGUAAAAUACUCCCACUGUUUUUGUAAAAUAUUCCCACUCUUUGUAAAAUAUUCCCACUGUUUUUGUGUUUAUGGGAAAUCUGUUAUUAUGCUUUUGUUCAUUCCUUUAUUUGCCAGAGCAAAACCAACUCAGCUUUGAUGCAUUGGUGUAUUAAUGCACCAGCUGCUGUUAAUGCUGCUGGCUGCAGGCAGGCUCUGGUCAUACCUGCUCAAGGAGAAACAAACACACUUGAUCUGAUGAUGCACACGGUGCAGUGGUUUAAACUGCUGAGGAUCUGCCUUAAGCAAUUUGUAGCUGUGACAAAAAAAUCUCCUUGGUGUCUCCCUUCUGUUAAUUAUCUCAGUGUUAAUUCUUUGUUUUUGUUUUUCAAUUCCCUGAUUCAACACUUUAGAUAGUUUAAAAACUGACUGUUUGGAUUCUGUUGCAUCUUUUGCAUGACCAAAACAGUACUUUUACUCAAAUCUGUCAGUUUCUAUACAGUUUUGACCUAAGUACAAAUCUUAUUUUAGCCUAGUUCCCAACAAGAACAUUUGGGAAAUUGGAGAUAUGGAAAACCUCUGGGUGUAAGUUUUACUUUGUUCUGUUUGUGACCAGCCUGGGAACACUGUCUGGUUUUUAGCUGAUAUGUGACAGUCUCUUCUGAAGCUGCCCCUUCUGGCUGGCUGGCAAGAAGUUAUGCACAGGCUAAAGUUAAGCCUUUAAAACUGUGUUUAUAUGACUCAUGUGGUGACUUUACCUCUUAUUUGCCUAUUACAACUAACACAGUCACAGUUGAGCUGCAGGCUGCCUUGAGCAGGAGCUAUUAGAGGACACAAUUCUUCUGGGAAGGAAGCCAGUUGUAUACCUGACACCAGUUUUUGCCUAUUAUGAGAAAUACUCCUGCUGAGGUGGCCUAAGAAAUGGAAUUUUAAAAUAGCGUUUGUGUAGAGGUUGAUUUAACUAUAUAGCUUGUGGUCCUUCCCUUGACUUGGCAAAUAUUUAUUUCUGUGUUAUUUUUGUGUUCUGCCAAGCUCUACUUCUGCAAUCCCUUUCUUAAGCUAGCACUAAUGUAUGAAUCCUUAAUAAAAUUAACCAGUUUGAGAAAUGAUUUGGUGGGACGUGCUGUUAAAGCAGAGUAGUCAUCCACGGGUUUUAGACAUGGUGCUGUGCUUUCCCAGGUUAGUGUGUGUUGAUUGGCAAAAUACAUUAGAACUGCUCAACUCUUCUUUGACUUCCUUACCUCCCAUAUGAUCCCCCAGGGGACCCAUCAGGUGUUCCUGCUCUGAAUUUACCAACACCUUAGAUGUGUUGUGGGUUCAUAGGCAUUUCAGAACGUUUAAUUGUCCCCAUUUAGAAAGGUAUCUAGAAUAGUGUUUCUGCCUUCAAAGGACAGUGGCUAGCUGGGUUUUGGAUUACUCUCUGGCUUGCUGAGCUUAUCCAGUCCUUCAUACAGCUAAGUUUUUUUCUGUGUGUUCCCUACGAUAUCAGCAUAAGUGUUGAAGUAUGCUUGGUAAUUGUCAAAUCCAUUAUGUUGAGCAUCAGAAAUAUGUAGCAAGUACACUUCUUGAUAAAUAAUACUAAAUAACAAAAGAUCAAGUUUUGUACACUUCUGAUUUCUGUCAAUGUUGACAAUAAUGUCUUUUUUUUUUCCUUCUGUGCUUGCCAGUUUUUGGGCUACAACACUGAACUCAGUCUGAUGAGGCCACUAUCCUGGCCUCCAGAAAUGAAUUCAUUCUGUGAGAAUAAACGUGUUCCCUCACACUGAAACUUCAGUAACACCUAUGAAUACUAGAUGACUUCCUUCCCACUGGCAUUCAUCUUUUACUUGGAAUAUUCCUUACUCUUAGGCCACUGUCUGCUAGAGUUACAGAUAAAGUUGCCAUCAGUUCCAGCAGGACUUGUGGAUCCAAAAUGGUAGGGGAAAUUUCUUGUAGCAUGUUAUGGGCAGCCUGACGUUAAUAAGCUUGUUUCAUUUUAAUUCCCGAUUUUUAGGGGGUUUCAGUUUAGUCAACAUCACUUACUCAAAGCUGAAAUGUGGCACAUUUAUUCUCCACUGGGAAGUAUGCUUCUGUUUAAUAAUAUUUUUAUGAGAUUGUAUUUAUGAAAACUAAAAAAAUGUUGUGAAGCUAGUUUUAUUGCACUUUUCUAAGGCUUUUGUAUUUCGCAUAGCGUUCUAGAACAUGAACAAGUUGUUUGGGGAAGUUAAGGUUUAAAACUUACUCUGCCCCAGCUUAGCAGUGUAUUACGUGCAUUUUCAUUCUAGUGACGUAUGUAUUAUUUCAAUUGCAUGUGACAUGGGUAUUUAUAUGGUAGUUCCGAAGCCCAGUGGACAUUUCCUGCUGCAGAGGAGCCAUUGGCAGUCCUGGUUCCACAGUUCAUGAACUGACCUGUUUUGACAGUAGACUGCAUUUGCAAUAAUGGGAUAGCUGUUUUCUUUUUUUUCCUUUUUUUUUUUUUCCUGAACUCUUUAAAUAAAUGGGGAAAAAGAGGCUCUCUUUGUUCCAUUGUUGAAGUUUCUCUGGAAGCUUUUACUGGUUUCCAAUUAUUGCAUAUGUUCAACUAGGAUGAUUACUUGGGAAUCAACUCAGUAAAGAGGGCGUGAGUACACAUAACAUACUCAAGUAAUUAAUCCUCAUAACUUGCAACAUUUCAGUUUGUUAGAAAAUUGUUUUUACAUGUAUAGUAGGGUCAUUUUUACUAUUUUUAAGUAGCACUUUUAUACUUAUCUGAAGGGUUUUUUGAACAGAAAUGUCUUCUGUAUGUUAUCUAAUGGUAAGAAAGAUAACACUAUGAAACAAAACAUAGAAUAGCUAGCUUUCAGACCGUCAGUUCACUUUAGGUCAGUAAUGAUCAGGAGUUGUUCAAUGUGUAUGAAAUAUAUCAGUGAUCCCAUUUAAUAUUGGGCAACUCUCCAGAUCAAAGUCAGAAGGGCAUUAAUUGGUACCCUCUAGCUCAUGGAUGUGAGGGUACUUUCAGUUCAGGUGUGAGGCAGAAUUGACAGAACAGUGUGAUUAAUUUUGGACUUCAUGAAAAAAACAGUUUUAUCAAUGUCUCAGUCUAACUUCACAGCGCUAUAUUGGAUAAGGACUAACCUUGUUUGAAUAGACACCACAGCCAGUACUAAUAUCUCCUAAAUAACUAAUUUAAAGCUCAUUUUCCAUGGCCUUUAAAGAUGAGGUAAAAACAAUAGGUCUUAAAAGCUCUUCUCUUCCAUCCUGCUUUUCUGAUUGGUUUUGGUUUUAUACUCAUUUGAAACACAACUGUUAGACUGACCUAACAGCACGUCUGUGGGUUUAAUGAUUCUCAAUCUAAACAAGCACUUUUCUCUAUUCCAAAACCCUUGCAAAUGGUUUACUUGCACAUUCACAUACAUUGAUGUUUUGCAUAAAUGUGUAUUUAUAUGUACAUAUAAAUACACACAUGCAAAUGUUUGUGUGUGUAUAUGUACAUAUGCAGAUUUUUAAUAAAACUGAACGUCUUUCAAGAAGUGCUUGAGUCUUUAAUACUUAGGAUGGUGUAAUAGCUUCUGCAUUUAAAAGGUAAGGAGGAAAAAAAUAUUUUGUUUCUGGUUAGAUCUGAGAAAUACAGUUUUGAGGAAAAUUUGGAAGUGUGUUCAAAUUGUACUUCACUCUGUUUCUGGUUUGAAAGGCACAAGCUGGUAGGUAUUGGAACUUAAAAGGUCAGCAAGCAUAUUUGAAGCUAAACCUUUUGGAGGACCAAUAUGCUUUUAGUUUGCAAGGACCACUAAAGAUCUGGGCAUUUACUUUCUACAUAAUGUAUUCUGUAUGAGUAUUUAGUAUGUAUGCCUUCAAUUUGCCAAUGUUGCCAUGUUUUCUUCUUAAUUAUUCAUGAAAUAAAGAUUGCAAAUAGCAAAA